UGUAGCGUGUUUGCGUCAUCGCGGAUUAUCGCGGACUCGUUAGUUUCGUCACGUCCGUCUGUUGCCGCCAGUCUGAUUUAUCAGCCUGCAGGGGAAAAUAUUAUCCAAUUGAUUAAUCAUGGAAGUCAGUUGAAUCGCAGCUGGCGUUUUCAUCAUUUUUUAAUUUGAAUUUUAAAAUUUUAUCGUCUGCUGCUUGAUGUGCAUGCGUCUUGUCGCGUCUCUCUCCUUGCCUGCAUUCUGUCUAUCCAUGCAUGACGAGCAUUAUCCCGGAGUGUUUUGUGCAUCCAUCUUUGUGUUUGCAGCAGCAUCGCGUGGAAAAGUGGAAGCAGUACGCGCUGAGACACCACAGUAUCCCCCACAUUUUACACUCCUCGUACCUGACGACUGCCAACCGUGAUUUGCCUGCGGAAACGCAAGGGACCGUGCCCAGCCCCGCAGCUUUUGAUGAGGAGAUCUGGAGUGAAGAGGAAGUAUUGGAUUCUAUCCGCGAUAAAAUGAUGGCAGCUAGUGAGAAGAAUCAUAUCGGCGCCAAACGCGCCAUCCUGGCCACGGAGAACGGCGAGAAAGCCGUUGUGAAGCGAGCGAAGCGCGAUGUGCUGCCGGCGGGGAAGCCGUCGUUCAUCCAGACGACCAGCUGCAUUCACCUGCGGAAGCCGCUGCCCGUGUCGGCCGGCGUGACGGGGCAGUUCGUGGUGGAGGUGCCGCUGUGCAUGGACUGCUUCCUCCUCUACGUCCGCUUCGAGAGCGAUUACCGCGGGGAUAAUACCUGCCGCUUCCGGGAGACCAAUAUGCGAUUUUUACGACCGCACGAAUACCUGAAGCCGGAGCGCGCAGGGGGCCCGAGCGUGCCGUUCCACUCGCUGCGGCUGCACGCCGCCGUCACGGAGACGGUCAGUCAAUCACGCUCUCCACCCCCCUCCGCCCUGUACUUCAUCGAGCCCCCCGCCGUCCCCGACCCGGUCGUCAGUCGCGCCGUGGCCGCCUACAUCCUGCCGCGCGCCGCCGGCCCCCUCCAGCGCGUCUUGAAGGACCAGGAGGCCGACUUCAACGUCUACGAGCUGGCCCCGGACAGCACCAUCCUCAAGCAGGUGCCGGCGGGAUUCCGCGAGUACUGCGACGUCUGCAAGACGUCUAUAUUCGAUCUCCAUCAUACGUGCCUGUGGUGUGGGUUCGCCGUGUGCGGACCGUGCCGGAAGCGGCGCAAUGCGCUGCAGGGGGCGCCCGUCGCGAAAACAGGCAAGACGGGAAAAGGAAAAACCGGGAAACUGGUGUACAAUCCGGAUGAUUUGAUCGGGAUGCAGGAGAUCCCGCGUGACGACUGCAAAUGGCCGGCGUGCUGCGCCAGUUCCACCCGCCCGCUGCCGCGCGACGUCAAAUCCAUGGCGCAGGCCCAGGAGCUGGCCGCGCAGCGCUUCGACCAUAAUCUCAAGCCGACACGCAUGAUCCCCACUAAAGCGGUGGAAUUGAUAAAGAAACGGUGCAGCGAGUUAGCGCCGGAUGAGCUGCUGCCGAAAAUGCCGAUUCCCUCGAAGAAGGCCCUUCUCGACCGGAAGAAAUGCUUAUCGACGCGCUGCCGCGACAUCGCCGAUCCCUGGCCGUCGGAGCGCCACAUCCGCCGCAUCCCGGCCGGCCGUCCGGACGACGUGGCGCUGCAGGAGUUCCGCGACAAAUGGUGCCAAGGUGAUCCGGUGAUUGUGGAGGGCGUGCACCGGCGUCUGGCGCGACCGGACAUCUGGCUGCCAGAGUAUUUCCAACAGCGUUUCGGCGCCGAGCCGGUCCUGUUGGUGGACUGUCUGAAGAAGCCGCAGGAGCAGCUGCACGGCAAGACGCAUGGCGAUUUCUGGAAGGGCUUCACCAACUACAACGAACGCUUGCGAAAUAAUAACGGUAUUCCGCGGCUGUUGAAAAUCAAGGACUGGCCGACGGAUGCGUCGUUCCGCGAGAAGCUGGUGGAUCAUUAUCAGGAUUUGAUGCAGGCGCUGCCCAUCAACAGCUACGCCAACAUCCACGGCGUCUUCAACCUCUCGCGCUACCUGCCGAGCCAUUUCAAUCCGCCGGAUUUGGGCCCGAAAAUGUACAUUGCCUACGGCGCGGCCGGGCAACCGAAACACGCCACUACCAACCUGCACGUGGACAUCUCCGACGCCGUCAACGUCAUCGUCCACGUAGCCAAACCGGUGGGCGAGGGCGCCGAAGAGAGCCUGCAGAGUACGAAGGAAGUGUUGUCCAGACUCAAUUUGGAUGAGGAGACGAAGCGGCGUCUGGAGGAUCCCAAUGAAGUGCCCGGGGCCGUGUGGCAGAUCUUCCGGGCGAAGGACGCCGACACGAUCACGGCGUGGCUGCUGGAGCGGCAGCAGUCGGCGCGGGAACGGCGCGCCCUGGCCGCCGGCAAGAGCGAGCCGCCGGUGAAUCCCAUCCACACGCAGGACGAGUUCCUGGACGAGGCGAUGCGCGAGCGCCUGCGGCAGGACACCCACGUCUGGCCCUUCGAUAUUGUGCAGUUCGAGGGCGACGCCAUCUUCAUUCCCGCCGGGGCGCCCCACCAGGUGUGGAAUGUGCACAGCUGUAUUAAAGUGGCGGAGGAUUUUGUCAGUCCGGAGCAUCUGGCGCACUGCGUCAGUCUGACCACCGACUUCAGCCGGCUGCCGGACAACUUCGACAACAAGGCCGACAAACUGCAGAUUAAGAACAUCGUCUACCAGACGGUGAAGGUGCUGGCCGGCGUCGCGGAGUAGCCGCCCACCGGGAUGCGGCGGUGUUAUCCGCACACUGCGUGCCUUUAUUGUAGUUUUUACUUUUUGAUGUUUUCACGCUUCGUGUUCCUGUCUAAUUGACUGAUGGAAUGAGCCACGAGCAGGAGAAAUAGGAUUUCGUACGUCAUGCGUGUAUAGUUCCGUGUCAACGUGCUGUGGUGUUGCGUUGCGUGUUUUUUAGACGUUUCUGAUUGUUGAUGGUCAGGUUAGCCAGUUCCUGUUGAUUAUUUUGUGUAUGGAUCUCGUUUUGUUCUUUUCUCGACGCAACUAGUGUUGUUACGUGUGUAAACACCGAUCGGUGCUGCGACCGGCUCAGGAAUUAAUAAAUACUGUCGGAUGA